AUGUUCACAGCCUUCGUCGUCUCACUCCUGAUCCUCGCUGCCAUUGGAGCAGAGCCAGACGGCUGCAGUUACCAGGAUGUCUUGAACCACCUGGGCCUGAAUCGAAGCAACGAGCUUUUCUCCAUGACGCGGCCCGUCAAGUACUACAAGAAGGCGACUCGCGUGUCCCUGGAAGUGCUGCUGUACGCUAUCCUUAACGUGGUGGAGAAGGAGCAGAAGUUUGUUCCUUAUGUCUGGACCGUCAUGAGGUGGCACAACGAAUUCAUCUCCUGGGAUCCUCAAGAGUUCUGCGGGAUCAGUAAUGUGUCUCUUCCCGUUGGCAUUUUGUGGAAGCCGGAUCUCACCAUCGAGGAGAUGGCGGAGAAGGACAAAGCCCCCCCGAAUCUUUACCUGACCAUCAGCGCCGACGGCCUGGUGGAGGUCACAAACGACCAAGUGCUGUUCAGCAUGUGUCGCAUGAACAUCUACAAUUUCCCCUUCGACAUACAGCGAUGUAAUCUCUCCUUCAAGUCUAUCAUACACUCAGCCAAGGAAAUGCGCCUGCAGCCGAGCAACAACUCGUCCCAGGCCACCGAGUGGUCGCGCGAUUUGAUGCCCACGCAGUUCGAGUGGAUCUUCCUCAACAUGAAGGUGACCGCCAUCAGCGCCAGCUGCCCGGACCACCAGGAUGUUAUCAUCUACACGAUUACCAUGCGGAGGAAACCCAUCUUGUACAUCAUCAACUUCCUGCUGCCCGUCCUCUUCUUCCUGGCUCUGGACUUGGCCUCCUUCCUUAUCUCGGACUCGGGAGGCGAGAAGCUGAGCUUCAAGGUCACCGUGAUGCUGGCCGUCACCGUGCUGCAGCUCAUCCUCAACGAGAUCCUGCCCUCCUCCUCCAACUCCAUCCCUCUCAUCGCCGUGUACUGCAUCGGCAUCUUUGCGCUGAUGCUGCUCAGCCUGCUGGAGACCAUCUUGGUGAUGCACCUGUUGGAGAAAGACAACAAAAGUGACGACGACGACGUGGCCGCCGACGGACAAGGAAGAAGCGACGAGCGUAACAUCAAAACCGACUUCCACAACCAACAUGGAGAGGCGAACGCUUGGACGCAGUGUGAAAUCAUUUACUCGAUGCCUAAAACUCCAACUGAAGUGAUCCUGGUAAAUAAAGAAGACCAGGGUGGCGCCCUGUGCCAAAUGCUGGAAAAGCUGUCAGAUGAGCUGAGGCAGACGGAAAGAGCGAUGACCCUGCUGCUCAACGGCAGGAAGAAGAAGCGCAAGAUGGGUUACUGGGCGCAAGUGGCAGGCAGACUCAACAGAAUCUUCUUCAUCAUCUAUCUGACUGUGGUCAUCAUCUUUUUGACUAUUCUCUUUUCCAAGUGGACCAGUGUCUAG